ACCACCCCUUUGGCUGCGCUGCGACUUUGUCGUCUCCCAGCAGACAUCCUCCGAUCUUAAAAUGAAGGUUCUGCUCAUCUGCGGACUCGUCCUCGCCGGAGCUUUCCUCGCUGAGGCUGCCAGUGGUAGGGAACUGUGCGGUCUGAGCGAUGACGAAAUCAAGGGAGUUCUAAGCUGCAUGACAGACAGCGCACCCCCAGAGGUGAAGCCAAAAGCCUUGGAGAUGCUCGGCGAGAAAGGAGACAAAGCGGUUGAACUUAUUAAGGCCAAAUGCGAGACGGAUAUGGACUUUGGCGAGAUGAUUAGCACUGUGUUUUCGGAGACUGUGGCGACUGGCAUUAAGGCGGCCUACGCUCAGUGCAAGCCUGCCUCCAGCUAGCAAGCGAGCCAUCGGAGUCUUGCUUCGUAAGCGGACCACACGACUCUUGUAGAACAGUUGCAUGCCAG